AUGACGGCCCUCGUAGCAUAUCGGAAUCUGUGGCGGGCCGCCAACAUUGCCUUCCAAGGCGAUGCUCCUGUGCUCGCUGCGGCCCGGCAGCAGAUCCGCGACAACUUCCGCAAGAAGUCGACGCUUCCCGCCAACGACCCCACGAUCCAACCGAUGAUUGAGAAGGCCGAGGAGGUGGCCAAAUUCCUUAGGCACAACCUUGUUCAGGGUCAACCGCAGGGCAACGACAGCUUCAAGCUUCGGAUUCACAAGGACACAGAGAGGGGCGAUAACGACUCAAUCAAGACUGCAGGGCAGGGCAAGUCUUCCGGAGGCUGCUGCCAAGGCUGA